GGUGAGCCCGUUGCAGCGGCCCGCCUGGCGCGUCUUUUUCUGGCCAUGGAGAUCUCCUUAGCGCAGGACAUCAUGUCCUUUUGCCUCAGCCAAUCGCAGGAGCUGGCGCGGCAGGAGCUACUUCGGCGGCAGCGGGCGGAGCGGCUCAGCGAGCUGCUGGCGCAGGUCCUACAGCGGCCGCAGGUGGCCUGUGCCGUGGCCGCCUUCGGCGGCCUCGCCUCCGCGGCGCAUUUGGCGCUGAGCUCCCGCCGCCACGGCGCCAAGCUGCGCCUGGCGCGGCCCCAGCUGCGACAGGCUGCGCUGCCAGAGAUCUAUGUUUGCGGUGGGCAGAGCAGCCGGCAAACAGUUGGGGACCUGGAGCGCUACAACCUUGAACGAGGGGAGUGGGAGCAGCUGCCGCCAAUGCCAACGGCGCGAAGCUUUUGUUGCGCUGCCGGCCUUGCUGGCAAGAUCUUCGUCUUUGGCGGGGAGAAGGACCAGCGUGCUGCCUUCGCUGCCUGCGAGUGCUUUGAUCCUGGCACCGGGGACUGGGAGAGGCUGCCCCCCAUGCCCACGGCACGGGCGGGCUGUGCCUGCGCAGUGGCAGAGAACAAAGUCUUCAUUUGCGGGGGCCUGGUGAUGGCAUGGCAGGUGUUGGACGUCGUGGAGGCCUUCGACGUGAGCAACCGCCGCUGGCAGCGUCUGCCUCCAAUGCCGACGCCCCGCUGCGGCUGCGCGGCCGCAGCGGUGGGGAGACGCGUCUUUGUGCUGGGGGGCCAGCUGGCGGACGGCACUGUGCUGGACAAGGUGGAGGCGUUGGAUCUGUCGGCGUCGCGCUGGGAGCGCCUGGACGUGAUGCCCAGCGCGCGCUCGGGGGGCACGGCCGUGGCCUGCGCGGGCCGCAUCCAUCUGCUGGGGGGCCUCGGGAACUCAGGGCUCACCGUGCCCGUCGUGGACCGCUUCGACGUGCAGGAGAUGCGCUGGCUCCCGCCCUUUGCGGUGCAGCUGAGCCGCGCCGGCUGCGGCGCCUGUGCCGUGAGCACGGAGAUCCAUUUGCUCGGCGGCUUCGACGCUUCGCGCCAGGACAGCGACCGGCACGAGGUGCUGGAUGUGGAUACGGGCGAGGUCCGACAGGCCAUGUCCAUGCCGCGGCCGCGGCGGCUUUGCUGCAGCGUGGCUGUGGCACGAUGACCGUCGAAUGCCAAAGCGCCGGCGGG